AUGAUUAUUAGAUUGUCAUUAGUUCGUUUAGUAUUACUAAUAUGUUUUGUAGAUUUUCUAAUAUGUAUGCCAAAUAAUAAGAUAAAUUUGACCGGUAAUGCAACAACAACUACUACUACACCUACCACAGGUACUACUAGAACUGUUACUACUACUGAGCCUAUAACAACUACAACUUCUGAACCAACUACAACUCAUGGUGUAAUUACAACAACAAAUGGGGAAACCACUGAAACAACUAUUGGUUCUUUGAGCAGUAACAUAAAUAACUCAUCAAAAAUUUUGCUGAAUUCUAUAAACACUUCCUCAAUACAUUUCAAUAAUUCAUCCUUAAAUGUAAAAGAAGAGAGCAAUUUAUCGAAUGAGACAAUAAAUAUGCAAAAUACAACUUUGCCAACAACUACAAACAAUGAUAUAAAUGGGACAACUAUCGGAUAUACCAGAACAACUUUAUCACCACCAAUAGAAAAACAUACUAUUAAUUUAACUAAUACUACUAAUCCUUCAACUAAUUCAUCAAAGUCUACAAAAAUUCCAUCAAAUCAUUCCACUGAUUCAUCUCGACGACACUCUAUAAAAGGAAGAGUUAUUUUAGCUACAACACGUGAACAAGGUAGUAGAGUAUGGGGAUUAACUGCGGCAAAAGCUGAAUUAGCUUGUCAUAGAUUUAUAACUAAUCGUAGAAUUACUUCAGCAUUAACCAAUCGAACAAAUAAUGGAAAUGUUAAACCAACUGAUUUAUAUCAAGGUCAUUUAUUAUCUGUUACAUCAAAUGAUGAGAUUAUACACUUAGUAAGCCUCAUGGGUACAGUACCAGUUGGAUCAUAUUGGACAGGGGGUAAAUUAAUGAGACCAAGACAUACUGGAGUGGAUGGUGAAAAUGCUACUAAGUGGAAAGUGAUAUUAAACUGGUCGGAUGGUCGAACUGCUCCUGCGAAAAUAUUGGGUAUAACUGAUGAUGACGCAAAUAAUCUUGUGGAAGGUAUGACUUAUUGUCUGUCAUUAGAUAUUGCACGACUUACAUGGCAAGCUCGUGAUUGUGAACAUCGUUUGCCUUACGCAUGCUUGAUUACUAGUCGAAAUGUUUUAGUUCAAACUACUACUAGUAAUUCAUCAAUAGUAGUUAAGACACCACAAGAAAUAAAUAGUACACAAAUUUCUGCUAAUCACAGUCAUGUUAUUUCGAAACGUCGUGAAACGGUACUCAAAAAUUCUACUACAGUUGUUAACACUUCAGUAAAUACUAAUCAUUCAGAGAACAAUCAAACAAUUUCACCUUUAAUGGAGUCCACUAAAUCUACUCCAGCAAGCAUAACCAUAGCACCAAAUAAUUUAGAGAAUUCAACUCCUGGGAUAAAUUUUAACAUGUCAUCUGAGAUUCAGAAUACUUCACAGAUGGAUACCACAACCGCAUCUAGUUUACCUUCUAUAGUAACUGGGAAUAAUAAUUUUAACCAAAAUGAAAAAACCUCUUCCGAGUCAACGAUUCAAGUAAAUGAGCAGCCUGUACAAUUUACAGAACACGCCUCCGAAACUAAUCAGACUUUCAGUGUUCCUUCUCUUCCUAAAGCUCAGGUAUCUAUGAAUGGUAAUGGUGGUAAUGAUGGUAGAGGCGACGAUGAUGAUAAUGACGAUGGUGAUCAAGAUGAUGAUGAUGAUGAUGACGACGAUGAUAACAGUGAUGAAAAUGGUAAUUCCGGUUCUUCCGUUUUCAGUUCAAGUGGAUUGGGUACAAAUGAUCUAGAAUCCAUAUUGAUGAACAUUGAACAUUUACACACAACAACAAAUCCACCACCGCCAGAAAUUCCUACUACUACUACUACUACUACUCCUACAACUACUAGUCCUACUACAACUACAACAACAACAACUACUACUCCCACCACUACUAUUACAACCCCCGCUACCCCUACUAUUACUACUGCUACUACCAGUUCCAAUACUAAUACUACUACUAUUCUUGAUAAUACUUCUACAAGUACUACUGCUACUUCUACCACUACUUCUACUGUUAAUACUACCCCUACCACCCCUGUUACCUCCACUGUUACUGAUACUACUACUCCCACUAAUAGUACUACUAUUGCUUCCACAACAACUACUAUUUCCACCACUACUAAUACUACUAUUCCUGAUAAUACUUCUACCACUACUUCUACUGUUACUACUACUCCUACCACCCCUGUUACCUCCACUAUUACUGCUACUACCACUCCCACUAAUAGUACUACUAUUUCUUUCACAACAACUACUACUUCCACCACUGCUAAUACUACUAUUCUCGAUAAUACUUCUACCACUACUUCUACGAUUACUGCUCCACCCACCACCCCUUUUACUUCCACUACUACUACUGUUACAAUAACAAAAACUAAUAAUAAUAAUAAUAAUAACACUAUUCCUGGUAAUACUACUGAGAGCACAACUACUACUCCUACUACUACCAUUACUGCUGAAAUCACUACUAGUACUACAGAAAUCAAUGAAAAAAUAUCAACAGAAAAUACUUCAGAUAAUAACUCGUUAUGGUCGCCUGUUUUGUUAAAUAAUUCCUCUGAAGAAAUGACAACCUCUACAACACCUGAAAUAAACUCACAGGAAUCGACUACGGUAAUGAUACAACCAAAGUCUUUGAUGGCAACGGUAUCCAAUUCGACAGUAACCGUUGAAACAGCAUCAACGCCACCAAUUGGAUCUGAAAAAACAACGAUAUCCACAUCCGAGUCAUCAGAAGCGGGGAUCUCACCUGUGUUAACAACACCAGUGUCAUUCCAAUCGACGGCAACAACUGAGUCGACGACGCCUUCAGGAUCUUCACCAACAGAGACAUCUACAUCACCAACCACGAAGAUUCAGAGUUCAUUACCAAUGUCAACAAAUGAACCAUCCCUAUCAACAACAUCUAUGGAGCUUCAAUCAGUAAGGACAUCUGAGGCCAUAACAUCAACGACAUCCCAAUCAAAUACGUCAGCAGAAACAACUACAACUCUGGAAUCAGAGUCAACAGAAAAUAAAUUUGAAUCUAGUACAACUAUGUUAUCACAGCCAACGACCUCAUCUGUAUCAAUAACAGCAACAGAGUCUACGGUUAUGGAAACCAUAUCAUCUGAAACAGGAACUAGUUAACAUAAUGAAAGAAAGUAAUUUAUUGAUUGAAUUAUUUUACAUAAUUGAGUAACUAUUUAAACGUGUUCAGUUGUAAUACUAAGUUACAAAAUUUUCAAUAUUGUAUUACGGCUAUUUUUCUUAUAUUUUCAAAGAUAAAUGAUGUUCUAAUAACAUUGUUUUCCUCAAACAAAACGUUAAGUUACAAUAUCUUUUGUAAUUCAUUACAAGAAGAUCCUUAUAGUUCACAGAAACAGAAUUGAAUUCAGGUAUAAAAAUAUUUGUAAUCGUAGCAGUUAAAAAUCAUCGGGUUUUUUUGUUGUUGUUGCUGUUGUUGUUGUUGUUGACGCCUUCUAUACUCAUAGUAGGUAAUAUUCUCUUUACGAACAAUUAUGUUGUUUCAUAUAAUCAGUCAGUUUGAUGAUCUUUAAUAUUUUGAUCCAUUUAUCAAAUAUCAAGUUAUGGAACUCAGUUAUGCCAUUUUUUUUUGAAUACCCCGUAUAGUACAUUUUAAUCAAUAUUUAAAACAAAAAUUUGAUCAUGUAAAUGCAGAAAAUUGAAAAUACAAAUUAAACUAUCAAAUUGGUAUGAGUUAAGUUUUUGACUUUAAACUUUGAUUGGCGUCAUUAUUCAGUAAUAUAAUAGAAUACUAUAUUCUGUUGAACUAAUCAUUUUUCCAUUGUAAUCUUAGGUUGGUUAAAAUGUCUUUUAAGUGUUGAAAUCUUACUUAAUAACAAUUCUUUGCAGUCGAACCUUAAUUAUCGUCUUAUUAUAUUCACACAGCUAAAUAAAGCAUAAGAUAAUGAG